AUGCGUACACUGUCACUGAACUUUACGAUUUUUAAAUUUUGUGGCCUGUGGCGACCGUUACCAUGGCAUACCGGUUGGAAAUUCGUGUUCUACAGUUGCUAUACAGUUAUUGUCAUUCUCCUCGUUUCCACGUUUGUUGUAUCUGAGUUGAUCGAACUCAUCAGUUCAUUCGAUAGUGCUGAAGAAUUCGCUCAGGGUUCGUUCAUGUUACUGUCAAUGAUCGGGGUCUCCGGGAAAGUAAUGGUUUUACUAAUAAAACGACAAGAAAUAAUUGAGCUAAUGGAUGACCUUAAAAAUGAUGUGUGUGAACCACGAGAUGGGAUUGAGAUUCAAAUCCAGGCGGAUAGCGAACGUGAUGCCAGAUGGAUCACUACUCGAUAUACGACGCUGACUGUAUCAGCAGCAUUCAUAAUCGUGUUGCAGUCAAUAAUAAUGGAUAUACCUGAGCAUAAAUUGCCUUUCAAGGGUUGGUUGCCGUACGCCUACGAUUCGACGCAAACCGUUUUCCUUUUUACUUACUGUCAUCAGGCCCUAGCUGCCAGUACGGGGGCUGUUAUUAACAGCGCUUUUGACUCCUUAAUUCCUGGUCUGAUGAUGCUCACAUGCGGACAAAUAAAAACUCUUAAUUAUCGCCUUGAAAAUAUACCGCGAAUGUUAACCGAGCGAAAGAUAUCGCUGAGAAACGAUGAGGAAGAAAAAUCUAAUUGUGAGACAAAUAAUCAGGCGUUCGAGACCCAACUGUUAACAGAUCCCAUCAGACACCACGUGCAGAUAUUCCAAUUAGCGGAUACGUUAAAUGAAAUUUUUGGCUUCGUCAUUUUUCUCCAAUUUACGGUGAGCUCCCUCGUCCUUUGCGUCAGUGUCUAUGAAGUAUCGAAGGUUAAACUUUUCAGUGCAGAAUUCGCAGCUACUGUCAUGUAUCUGGCGGCAAUGCUGGUGCAAGUGUUCGUUUUCUGUUUCUACGGAGGUGAACUGUCGCUUCAGAUGCAUUUUGUACAAGUUGAUGUGAAUGGAAAUGGAUUUUUCAGUCAGGCUGUUUACCAAAUGGAUUGGUCCUCGCUUGGUAAUAAAACUAAGCAAAGUCUCAUCAUGAUGAUGCUACGUUCGCAACGACCGAUUACUUUUAUAUGCUAUCACAUUAUCAGACUGACUCUUGAUUCAUUCGUAAACGUGACACCAACUUUACUACGCAAAAUGCGUACGCUACCGUCGAAUUUCGCGGUUUUUAAAUGCUGUGGCUUAUGGCGACCGUUAUCAUGGCUCGCUGGUUGGAAAAUUGUACUUUACAGUUGUUAUUCAUUCGUUACGAUGUUUCUCAUUUGUUUAUUUGUUGUAUCUGCAUGCAUCGAGCUCUUUGCCUCAUUCGAUAGCGUUGAGGAAUUUGCGCUCGGUUCUUUCAUGCUCCUAACGAUGAUUGGAGUGUUCACAAAAAUGCUACUAUUGUUGAGAAAACGACAAGAAAUCAUUGACCUCACGGAUGCUAUGAAAAACGACGUUUGUGAACCUCGCAAUACGAUGGAGAACACAAUUCAGGCGGACAGCGAACGCCAUGCUGGAUGGAUUUUUUCUCGAUAUACGGGACUCACAAUGUCGACGGCAAUUCUGAUAGCUGUGAAGUCAAUGAUCGACAAUAUACCUGAACGUAAACUAACUUAUAAGGGCUGGUUUCCUUAUACCUACGAUUCAAAACAAAUCGUUUUCCUUUCUACAUUCGCUCCUCAACUCAUAGCUACCACUGCAGGGGCGGUUAUUAACUGCGCUUUUGACACAUUAUUUCCUGGUCUCAUUAUACUCACUUGCUCUCAAAUGAAAAUUCUCAAAUACCGCUUCGAAGCUUUACCGCAAAUUAUAACAGCGCAAAAAAAGUCAUCGGAGAGUAAUGGCGACGAAGGCGAGGAGAAAAAAAACCGAGAAUUCGAGGCUCAAUUGUUGACAGAUUGCAUCAGGCAUCACGUCCGAAUAUUUCAAUUAGCCAGUACGCUCAACGGUAUCUUCGGCUUCGUUAUUUUUCUACAAUUCAGCAUCAGCUCUCUCGUACUCUGCGUCAGCGUUUACGAAGUCUCGAAAGAAAAACUUUUCAGUCCAGAAUUUGUGGCAAUCGUCAUGUAUCUCGCUGCAAUGCUGAUGCAGAUAUUCAUUUUGUGCUACUACGGAAACGAAUUAUCACUUCAGAGUGUGGACAUUUGCCAAGCUGUUUAUAGAAUGGACUGGACGUCGUUUGAGAUUGAGACGAAAAGAAGUCUCAUUGUAAUAAUGCUACGUUCCCAACGACCGAUUACUUUCGUAUGCUAUAAUGUCAUAGCAUUAUCCCUCGAUGCAUUUACAAGCCUCAUCAAACUGUCAUACUCUGUCUUCAACGUUCUUUCUACCAGCGAUUAAGAUCAUGUUGAUCGUGUACGUCAAAAAGUG